AUGAGACCAAAAUAUUAGUAAACUUAAAAUGAUAGUAAUACUCAAGUUAGGAUUAAUAUUAAACAUGUUUCACCUAUUCAAAUAGAAGUAUUAAAAUAAUCAGGAGAAAGAGUAGUAGAAAAUGAAAAGAUUGGAGUUUAUAUAUUUGAAAAUUAAAAUAAAUCUAUAAUGGCUUCUUCAUCAGGAUAUAUUGUUUGGGCUUAAAAUUAACAGGUUUUUGAAAUACCUGUCACUGAUCAAUAUUUUACAAUAGGUGUAAUCUAUAAAAAUAAAAAUGAUAUGCCUAAUCAAGUAAAAAUAUUAUUAAUUUAAAGCAAGAAGAAUUUGAAAUAAAUACUGCUUCUACUUCUUCUUAAGCAUAAUAAAAUUAUACAAAAUUGAAUUUCUCUUAACUUUCCGUAAAGAAUUGUUAAGAAAAUAUUCAAAUCUUAAAAUGGAGAGUUAAUGUUGGAGAUUAUAUAUCACCAACAAUGAUUUUAGGAAUUUGCGUUGAGGAAAAUUAAUAAGAUGAAAUUGAUUUAAGAGCAAAGAUUAAAGGUCGCAUUAUAGAGUUAGCUAAAACAAAAACAAUAUUAUCAAGAAAUGAUGUAUUUUUGGUUAUUGAUAUUACACAAACUUGUAAUCAUUUAAAAAUAGAAAAAAAUUAUUGUCUUAUUUGUAAUGAGAAGAUCAUUAGAAAUGAAGAAUCGUUAGAUUUAAAUUAUUCGGAUGACAUUUCUAAGAAGAUUUCAAAAGAAAUUGUACUUGAUAUUUUAAAGAAAAGGAAACUAAUUAUGGUACUUGAUCUAGAUUAAACUAUUUUACAUGCCAUCAAAAUUACAACAAGUUUUAAUAAAUAUGAUUUCUGUGAAAAGCAAAAUAAAAUGAUAUAGUCUGAUAGUGAUAGAUAAUUCAAUGGGUUCCAUUAAUUGGGGUUUAAUAUUAAGGAACAUUUUUUAGAAAUGGCUUGUGAUUAAUAGAGCAAAUUUAUUAUUAAAUUAAGACCCUACUUCGAAUAGUUUUUCUUAACAUUAAUACCUCUUUUUGAUAUCUUCAUUUACACCAAAGCAAGUAAAUCAUAUGCAGAUUUCAUUUUAAACUUUAUUUCCAAUAGAUUAAAUGAAGUUAUUCCUGAACAUAAACCUUUCUUUCCCCCACAACGAGUCUUAUCACGUGAAGAUACUAUAUGUUCAAAUAGUAAAUCAUUAAAUAGACUAUUUUAUCCAGGAAUUGCAACUAAUCUAUUAGUAAUUCUUGAUGAUAAUGCUGGAAUGUGGAAUCAAUUCAAAGAGAAUCUAAUACAUACAAAACCAUUUGUAUACUUUAAUGAACAUGGUUCAACUAAAGAUGGAUAAGGUAUUGCAACUGAUAUUGAAAAAGAAGUAUAAAUUUAUAAUAAAAAUGAUUUUUGGUUAUAUACAAUAACAUAGAAAUUGAAAGAAAUAUCUGAUUAAUUUUGGAAGUAGGUUAAAUUGGCUUAAGAUGAUCCAAAUUUUAUAAUAGAAUUUGAAUAAUAAGUAUGUAAAGCUAAAAAAAUAAAAACAGAAAUUAUAGAGGAAACCAAUACUCGAUUAGAAGAAAGAACUCCUUUAGAUUUAAUUAUAAAUAGAAAAAUAAGUGUUCCUACAAUUUAUUAAGAAAUGAGAAGAAAUGUAUUGAAUGGUUUAACUUUAUUUUUUGCAAUUUCUGAAGCACAUGAAGAAUCUAUAAAGAGAGGAUUAGAAUAAGCAAAAGAUAAAGCAGUUAUGUUAGGAGCCAAGGUUUAUAGAGAAUUUAAAGAAGAUUAUUUUGUAGGCCAAGAAAAUAGUUUUGUUAUUACAGUUGGAAGAAGGAAGAUUAGAAGUAUCAUGAUUGCCUAAGAGAAGAAUGUUCCAAUCAUACAUUAUAAGUGGAUUGAAGAUUGCGAUAAUUAUUUAUUUAAAGCAGAUUAUAAAUUAUAUAUUGAAAAAGAAGAUGGAAAUAAUAAAAAUUUAACUGAAGAUGAUUAGAGAGAUUAUGUACUAAAAUGUUAGUUAAUGAAAAUAUGAG